GAGACAUCUAGAGCACAUGGCAUGAAAUAACUGCAGUUUUCUCGACAGAAAGCUCAGAAAGAAGCUCUGUGAACAGAGGGAAACGUAUAAAUACUUCGACCCUUUCCGCCCCCAUCUUAUUAUCCUCCCCCUUCCCCCUUAAGGUGAUCGAUCAGAUCUGCUAAGUCUGCAGACUUGCUCCCUCUUACUCGCUGACCGUCCGUUUGCUCCCUAUCAGUAAAUCACCUCUGACUUUUCUUGGAGAUUUCUAGGAACAUGACAGCGUGAGAAUAGAGUACUGCUUAUAUCCAGGAACCGAAAUUAGAAGGCAUGUUCAAAGAAUAUGAUGCAUGUGGGAUCGCUCCUUCCCAAAGCCCACAGUGGCUUGACGACGCUCCUUGUCUCUAUACCUGUCCCUUAUACGAUACCCCAUCCCUCCGUGGAUGUUCAUGACCUCUCUUUCUACGCCAACCGUCAUUCAUUUGACACAACAACGACCGAAACGACAGUCUGAUAAUGACAUUUGGUGGGCUUCGAGCUCAAGUUCAAGUUCACAGUAUCCGCCAAGUUCUCCCAGCGCUACAUCAAUUUCAUCUCAUUCUUCUGUAUCGAACACCCCACCAUCUCUUACGACAUCUCCGCCUGUGAUACUUACUUCAUCUACUGGGCAGCCUCAAGGUAGUGCUGGAAUGUCUGGCUCUUCAAAUUCAAGGUCAACGCAGAGCUCCACUUUGAAUGUAGGCUCCUCAAACGUCGACACCACCUUCCUUGUUACCACUUCCACGCCUGUCACUAUUACACGACCCUCAUCGACCUUCACGUCGUUCAGCGAGGCCACGUUCACCUCUAGUCGUGUUGCAAGCACGCUUCCAGAGUCACAGUCUGUCGCAUCAUCUCUUCGCGUUAACCCUGUCUGCAUAGGCAAUGGUGUGGACUCACUAUCCGUUGGUCUUCUCUCGACUAUCGUUAUUCCUACUGCCGUUGGACUCGUUUUAUGGCUAUUAUUCGCAAUUAUCAGACCACGGUUCCGUGAAAUAUAUGGCUUGCGAGAAUGGUUCGUCCAACAAAACCUCCGCCCAAAGCCUCUUAGUCGCUCACUAUGGGCGUUCCUCUUCCCUCAUGUUCCCCUCGUUCCUCCUGUUCCCGACGACGUCUCCGAAGCAGGAAGAUCUCCAACCACGGACGCAGAGUUGUUCCCAUCAGACGAAGCUCUUAGCCAACGAACACUCUGGGUAUGUUUCGUGGUCGUACUCGGAUGGACAAUACUCGCGCUUGCUGGCCUUUUGCCACUGUACAUGGUCUCUACGCCGUGUUUGGCUGAAUCCGCGGACCCUUCUCGGUUUAGCGGUGCCUAUUCGGUUCUUCAAGACAUGAGUCUUCUGCGUCUAAUACGCCUCUUGGACAACGAAAAUGUCAACUCCAAUAACAACUUCGUAAUUCGCGAAAUAGUCAACGGGAAGGACUAUGCACCCAAUGCUCGGAUCCGUAUAAUAAUCCUCACCGUACUUGCAAUCGUUCUUGGAGUCAUCCCAGUUCUAUGGAAGAUUAUGCGCGAGUUUAAUCGAUUGGUGGCGCAUCGUCGACGUUGGGUGGAUAUUAAAUGUCAAGGGCAAGAAAUGGCUUGGUUGUCUGCGAGGUAUACUCCUGGAUUCUUUGGAUGGGGAGAGAAGAGGUUGAAGGAUUUUAUUGUCAAAUCCGGGCUUAGUUCUAGCUUGGAUUCGGGCGAGGGAAGGAAUGGCAAUGGGAGGUCAAGGAGACGCAGACAGACGGAAUGGAGUAACGAGGAAAAGGUUGACCUCGAAAUUGACGUUCAGAGUCUUUUCUCUGUUGGGGACACCACUCAACUCGCACUCUUGAUUGAAGAGCGAGAUGAAAUAUUGGAAAACCUCGAGAUUGCAGAGACAAAGUAUAUCAGUUCUUUCAAACUGACCACUCCAGAUCCGUCUAUGAUAGACCUUCCUGUGCCUCCGCCUCCUCCCGAUGGACCUACUACACCUUCAAAACCUCAAAUCAGUCGACCUCGACCACUUGCAGGUUCAGCCUCCCAGCGGAGACGCAAACGGGGUCGAAAUCCGGCCUAUGGUUCAUCUUCGCUUCCCCCACCGACUUCAUUUGUCAUGCCAUCACAGUAUUACAAACUUCGAGGCGUCCAAGGUGUCAGUGGGGGACAGUUUACUGAUGCGGAAGGAUCAAUACAGCACCAAGGCCCAAGUCUCACUGAUUCCUUCAACCAACGUGUUGUUGGCAGUCGAUUUCAUGAAGUCAAAAGGGACUCGGUGGCGUUCGGACGGCUCCCGAUGGGAAGUCAGGUCGUUCUAGAGAAGAACGGCCAAAUGGGACCUGGUCCGUCGUCGGUACCUGCUUCUCCUGUACCAGGUCCCGCCCCGUUUGCCCCGAAUGGGUAUACGUCUUGGGAUACUGGUGCUUUUGACGAAUUCUCUGGACAACAGUGGUUUCACCAUCCUGAAGUGACCGAGACUAUCGAAGAAGAGGGAGAUGAAGACUGGGUUGAUGUCAUGCAUGAAGCUCCUGAGGCUUUCGAGAAUGGGGAAGAGUAUAGUACGACAAGAAGGAGACCGAGACCACCUCGAGCUAGGACUACCUCUCCGGAGAAAAGAGAAACAUUCCCGUUGCGCAAUAAGAACGCCACUGAUGAGACUGAACAAACGCCUCCACAUUUACGCCUCCAACCUCGCCAACCAUUUGUGCGACCUCUCUCAGGAUUGGAUCACGCCGAUCUAGGACAUAUAUACUCCGAUAUCAGCCAUUGGCGGUCCAAGCUCAAAGUUAUCAACAACGAGAUUUCUGACGUUCAAAGAGACGGGUAUAACGAAAUUGCAGAUGGAAUGGGCAUCAAAGGAUGGCUUAUGGUUGGACGUGGCCUUCGGCACAUACCUGGGGUUCAGCUUAUUGAAGGACGAGCGAAAGAAGACAUUAGGUGGGAUGAAUUGCAAAACGAGGGCGGGUUCUUGAGGGGGUUGGCCUUUUGGACGAUUAUUCUCACUGUUGGCAUUCUCCUUGGGGCUGCUUUGACCGCCGUCUCUGGGCUGUACCUUGCCACUGCGCCAGAUUUCGCACACUACUUCCCAUUCUUUGAAUCACUGACUACGGGGAGUGAGCUUGCUGCUGGAGCAGCUACUGGGCUUGCUGCAGCUGUGGGUGCAACUGUCUUCAUAUCUUUGGCACUAGCGAUUGUUCACUACACAGGGCAACUGAGUCACUCUGUCUCGAUCUCUGGAACUCAAUUGGUCGUCUUUCGAAUCACGUUUUACAUCCUCACCAUCAUCGCUGCUAUUUGGCUAUUCAGCAUCGGUGCAAUCCUGUUCUCUAUGGGCGCCUUCAACACGCAGACAUUGGAAUCCGCUUCGGUUGCAAAUGGCGCGAUCUAUAUGAGCGCAUUCGCUUUGAUGCUCAUCAUGAACGUAGCCGUUAUCUUCCCUGCCCUCCUUCUCUUACAACCGAUCCGACUUUGGCGAGUUGUCAGAGCAGAAAGAGAAGCCGUCACUCCUCGCCAACGCUUCAGAGCUGUAUAUCCUAGGACGUACGAUCCAACAUAUGCGACGGGAUGUUGCGUGCUCGCCGUCUUACUUGCUUCGGCUUUUGCUUUGAUAUUCCCAUUAUUAGCCCCUGGUGCUGUCGUUCUUCUGUUCCUCACUCUGAUCGCGCAUCGUUUUCUGAUCGGCUACGUGUACGGACGUACGCAUUCACAAACAGGUGGUCUGCUAUCCAUCUGGCUCCUCAAGCGUUUCAGCACUGUUCUUGCCUUCCAACCCUUGAUCCUUGGCCUCAUUUUACUCACUCGAAGAUUGUGGGUAGAAGGCGGUAUCCUAUGUGGAGUCGCCCUGUUUGUCGCACUUUUUGUCGAGAUUUAUUGCACAUGGAGAACACGUUUGCCUGGUCGGAGGUCUUUAAGCCCUAUCACACGGGACUCACUUGAUACCUUCAUGCGUACCGCAAGACCCAGCACGUCUCGUGACAAUGAUGAAGAGAGUACUAGCCUCGUAAGCUCCGCGAGGACUACAAGGGCAAGAGGAUCGUUUGCGUCGAUAUUGGAGAUGAUGUCCUUGACUCUGGCCGUCAUGCCGUCUGCAUCACAGUCGCGAGGACCCGUCCCACUCGAAACAGAAACCCUUGACGAUCUCACUGCCACAGAACGUGCUGCUCGCACACACCCCGAUGCACCCCCACAUCUUCCACCGCUUCCGUUUGCAGAUCACGCCGAAGAGAUGGCUGGUAUUCUCUACGCACCCGAACUCCUCGCACCUCCGCCGGUGAUCUGGUUACCGAAUGAUGUUGGUGGAAUAGGACGAUCGGAAGCUUAUGACCUUCAGCGAUACCACAACCUCCGCGUUACCCUUGACGUUCGCGCAAAGGAGGAUGUUCUGCUUCCUAGAAGAUCAUCCUCGGAUCAAGCCCGUCGAAUCCGAAAUGCUUCAUGAUUUAUGACAAUAUAGAUGUCACCUUCAUGCUUUUUUGAUCUUGUGUGUUUGGUUAUUGGACUGUUCACUUUUAGAUGCUUUCAGCAUCACUUCUUGGGUAUUACUUACUCUCCUUUCAUGGUUUUGACGAUGUACUUAUCUCGGAUCCUUGGUUCUGAUGUAUUCAUACUGAUAGUGUUCUAAUACAAGCCCCUUCCGCUUGCGUAUAGGGCGUAAGCGGCAUACAUGGACUUCCUUCACUUCAUGCCCAUUAAGCACAUAAAUGGAUUCCCGAUUGCUCACCUCUGUAUGAUACAGAGUUAC